ACAGCAGAGCAAGUGCCAGUUACCCAGCAGCAGUUGCCAAGGCUGGACAUAUAUUUUAUGACCACCAGGAUUCAACGAGAGUAACCCGUCAAAGUCGAUUUCCGUCUUUGCGGCACUGCUCAUGGUCCCGGUGGUCCUCAAUAUUAUUUUCCCCUACCCUAAAAAAAAAAUUUUUAUAAAAAAGACAAGUUUUCCUUAAAAUUGUCUUCCAUCCCCCUUAAUACUUUCCUCCCUUAAUAAUAUUUACCCCCCCCCACCCCGCUUUUUUUUAUAUGACUAGCAAAAAAAUAUAUUUAAAAACUUGAAAAAAAUUUUUUUUUCUUUUUAGCAAAACUUAAAAUGUCAUCGAUUUUUAAUUUCAUUGCAAGUGUGAAUGCAAGAAUUAAAAUUUGUGUGUGAGUGUGUGUGUUGAUAAAAAAAAAAUUUAUAGGGGGGUGUAUUUCCACCCCUUGAAAAAAAAAUAAAAAAGGACGACACAUUUGGGAUUUUACACGAUGAUCGUUCUACGCAUUGCAAUUGUUUUGAUCUUUCUUCAUCGCACUGUUUCCGGCGAAAUUACUACCGUCAAGGAAGACUGCGAAAAGAAAAUGCAAGAGUGUACAAACAGCAGUAUAGGAACAAAUGUAGCUGUGUGCGGAAGCGAUGGAAUCACGUAUCCCAAUCGAUGUGAAGUCAUCUCUAGACAAUGUCAAGGAGUAUCUAUUCUUAUAAAACACACUGGGCCCUGUCCAGAAUGUCAUGCAGCAAGAGCAGAGGCAAGAAGUCCAGGUGCACGACCAAUUUGUCGCAAUGAUGGUUCCUAUGCACCUGUACAAUGUCACACUAAAACUGGCUAUUGUUGGUGUGUAACGCCACAAGGUCGUCCAUUACGCGAUACAUCAGUGAAAAAUCGCAAACCACGAUGUCCAACAUUCAAUAAUAAUUAUAUUGCAUCAACAAGAAGUGCACCAAGUAGACGUCCACCAACAAGAGCAAAUCAUAAAAAAUAUGGCGGUCGACAUCGUAAUUCUUGUGAUCGUAGUGAAAAAUCAAAAUUCAAUAGUAAUCUCAUUGAAAAUUUCAAAAUUGAAUAUCGUAGAAUCAACAUAACGAUAGAAGGGGACAAAAAUAUUGAAAGAGUACUAUCGUGGAAAUUUGUGACACUUGAUCAAAAUAAUGAUGGUUUUUUGGAUAAAGGAGAAUACAAAGAAUUGAGGCGUCUUGCUAAAAAAGCGGUGCGUCCAAAAAAAUGUGCACGUUCAUUUGCACGUAAUUGCGAUAUCAAUAGAGAUUUGAAAUUAUCACGACAAGAAUGGGGUGCAUGUCUUGCCAAUGAUUUUACUCUUUUACGUGGCAAUCCUUCAACGUACUCUCGACCUGCUUUCAGAGACGAUCCACCAGAUUCAUCUGAUGAUAUCGAUGCCAAUGACUGUUUAUCAGAUAGAAAAUUAGUGUUGGAAGAUUCAAAAACAACAUCAGAAGAAAAAUUCUACAUCCCUCAAUGUACACCCGAUGGAAGAUAUCAUAGAGUACAAUGUUAUUCAGGAUAUUGUUGGUGUGUUUAUCAGGAUACGGGAAAACCAAUUCCUGGUACAUCGUCAAAAACAAGAGAGCCAAAUUGUACACCAGUUUCAAUUCCUGUCCGACCAAUGAGUGGAUGUCCCGAACCAAAAAAAGAAAUAUUCCUACGAGAUCUCAUGCAAUUAUUGCACAGAAAAAUGAAAUCUGCUGAUCCUGAUUCUAAUGAGACUUUUGCCAAAUGGCAAGUUCCUAAAGAAGAAAGAACUGCAACCUGGCAUUUUGUGAUGCUCGAUAUAAAUAAAAAUAAGGUAUUAGAAAGAAAAGAAUGGAAAAAUUUUCGUACAAUGGUUGCGCAUUAUCCACAUUUAAGAAGAUGUGGAAAAAAAUUCCCGAAAUAUUGUGAUGUUAACAAUGAUAGACGAAUAAAUAUGUCUGAAUGGCUCAGUUGUCUUAAUACACAACGAUUCACUCCAGAAACGAGCACCGAAAAAACAUCAACAUCUAAACCUAAAAGAAUGGGUCCAAAUCCUCUCGAUCAGUUCCUAAACGAUGAUGAUUAGAAUGUGAUAAAAAAAAAAUAAUUCUAAACGUAACUUGCGUUUACAGAAAAAAGGUGCACAAAACAUUUUUUUUUGUAUAAUUGUAUUUGUCAAAUUUUAAUAAGUGUUUUUUGUGAAAUUUACUCUUAUUUUUUUUCUUUGAAUUAAAAUUAUUAUUAUUAUUAUUAUUUAUUUAUAAGAACGAUACCAGUUACAAUUGAAAAAAAAAAUUAUGUAUUAUUCUUUAUAGAUAUAGUGAAAAUAAAAAAAAUCCUCUGUUA